ACAAACAGGAAGGGAGGAAGGAGGAGAGAAUAUAUGGUGACAUUGCUAUUAUUGCUGGAUGCAACUCCCAUUUUGCAUACCGGAUAGACACGGACAGAGAGAAAAGGAAGGAGAAAGGAGAGAAUGGGUAUCUCAAGUGCCAUCCAAUGGUGGGAUGAGUGGCAGCUGCGCAUUCUCGCACUGAGCAGCCUACUUGUUCAGUAUAUCCUCCUCGUCAUGGCUCCUCGGCGUAAGUUUCCUAUGAAAUUCUACCUGAGAUACAUUAUCUGGCUUGCAUACCUUAGCAGCGAUGCCCUAGCGAUAUAUGCUCUCGCAACACUCUUCAAUCGACAUAAGAAGCAGGAUUAUGGCCAUGCACACAACACGAGCAUCCUAGAGGUGCUGUGGGCACCUAUCUUCCUGAUACACCUUGCUGGACAGGACAGCAUAACCGCGUAUAACAUCGAAGAUAACGAGCUGUGGACAAGGCACGCCCUCACAUCGCUGUCCCAAAUCACCAUAGCCAUCUAUGUGUUCUGUAAAUCAUGGCCAGGUGGUGACAGGAGGUUGCUUCAGGCAGCAAUCCUGCUCUUCGUCCCUGGUGUUCUCAAGUGCUUGGAAAAGCCCUGGGCUCUCAGUAGUGCAAGCAUUAAUAGUCUAGUGAGCUCUCCCAAGAAUGUUCGGAGGACGACAAACAGAGAAGUAAAGAAAGAUCCGAUUCAAGAUUUUAUAGACAAGGUAAAUGAAUCUCGUUUGGAGGAUGGUCGCUGGGAAGAAUCAAGCUCUCCUGCCGACUUUAAGCCCAGUGAGCUAUUUGUUGACCUUGCAUCUCCUUCUUCCGAUGAUCGGCUUAGUAAACUUUUGUCAUUCUUACAACGUGAAGGAGAUGAAUCGUAUAUUUUGUUGCAGAAAAGUCUGUAUGAAACCUUCGAUCUUCUUUACACCAAAGAAAAGAUGUUUCCAAUUAUUCUUAGUGCUCUAAAGAGACAACAGAAUUAUGUGAAUACCAAUGUUGACACCGAUGAGGGAAAGAAAGAGCAAGAAACUUUAAAAGGGUUUUGCGGUUCGAUGCUGCGAGGAUUACUUCCGUACUUGUCCUUUGUAGCCAUCGGCCUGUUCCACCAAAGUCACAGAAAAGCUUAUAAUCACACUGAUGUCAAGGUUACAUAUACCUUGCUUUGUUGUACUGCUGUCCUAGAGUUAUACGGACCUACCUUACAGAAAAUCUUGACCUCAGGGCAAGCAAGGGUUCAAAAAACGAGUUUUAAUAUGAACAGCCCUAAGUCGGUCGGGAAAGUAAAUCAUGCUAAACAUGAUGUCCAAGCGAAGUCAAAGGCCAAAGGAAAGCUACCAGUAUAUGAUAUCAUGGAUGACAUGGUCUCCCAAUAUAGCCUAUUAGGAUACUUUGUCCGCAACAGAAAACAUUCCGUGAUAAUGGGUGUUGCGGAAUUCCUCAGUUGCAAGGAUUAUCUCGACCAACGUUGGAGAAUGAAGUCCUGUUCCUCCUCGCGCAACAUUACUAACUUAGUUCUUGGACAUGUGAAACGUUGGUGGAACGAUGAAAUAACUAAUGUUUCCUGUUACAGGAAGUUCAAUGAUAACAGGGGCCAGUGGACUCUUGAAUCUGAGGUGUUCCUUCAGCAACUAGGCUGGAGCUUAGAGGGUGCAUUCGAUGAGAGUGUCCUUCUCUGGCAUCUCGCCACCGAUUUCUGCUACUACCACAUCUGUGGAUCUCAUGACUGUGAACAUGCUACAAAAACGUGCUUUCAAGGCACCUCUGAUCUCAAAAGUGAAAGUCCAACUUUCUGCGAAGAAUCUAUUCACCAAGGAAGAGCUGUUCAUUGCCGAGAAAUGUCCAACUACAUGAUGUACCUACUUGUUGUGAAUCCUGAGAUGCUAAUGGCGGGCAGCAGGCGAAACUUAUUCACAGAUGCCUACAACCAACUGAAGGGCAUGUUCAACAAGAAGAGUACACCACUGAAUGAAGGAGAACUUGCAGGGACAAUAAUCAGUGAGGUGCAGGUGCAUGUGCAACAGCCAAUCAAGGAGAAAACCAUCGAAGACAAGACACCAGCACCAUCCAAUAAAACAGGGCUCAUAGACGACGCUUGGUCUAUAGCUGAAGUGCUCCUGAAUUUACAUGACGAGGAGAAGAUGUGGAGAGUGAUCGAAGGCGUGUGGGUGGAGAUGCUCUGCUUUUCUGCUGCCAGAUGCCGGGGGUACUUGCACGCUAAGAGCCUUGGCACCGGAGUCGAGUUCCUGAGCUAUGUCUGGCUGCUUAUGCAUUACAUGGGGAUGGAGACCUUGGCAGAGAAGCUGGCCAGGGCAGAGCUCCCAAACGGAGCAUGCUCAGGUGAUUCACGCACUACCCAUGCUGAACACUCCUCUGGUAAAGAGCAGGUUGCUGGAGCAUCCUCCAACGAUGGCAUUACAGUUGUUGUGGACAAAAAUGGGUGAUUUAUAUAUUGCUUAAAAGACCAACCCGUUCCAGUAUGCUGCUUUUAUUUGCUUGUUGAAUGCUUAUAUGUAUCAGUUUUCUUACGAUUCAAUAUCUUAUUUGUGUCAUAUGUGCUCAUUAGUGUGCUCUGUGCUGCCACUUAUAAAUAAAUAUUUUACCAUGUGAACAGUAUGACAGUAUAAUAGUAUGUUUAAUGCCAAUGCAGUUUUUCUCCUUGA